AUGUUGGUCAUUAAUGUAGCCGCCGAUAUUUUUAACAGUAAAGUGAACUUUGAACUUAAUUUCCCACACAGACCAACGUUGCUGGAGGUGUCACGUGCCACGGAGGCGGCAUUCUCAAAUGAAAUUGCACUUCGUCGUCCAGACAACGUUCCACCACACAACUUUCAUGUCGCCAAGAUUAAGAUAUAUGACGAGGAGCGAAACAAGUGGGUGGAUUUGACGUCGGAGGGGCAGCUGAUGGACUACUGCCAGUUGUACGCAUUUCAACCAGAAAACCAGUGGCAUAAGGAAAGCCAGAAGGAAAUUCCAGCCGCAGUAAAGCCACCAACAUCCGCGCAGCGCCACCCAGGAACUCACUCAGCCUCGGCAGUCGGGCGUGGAAACUCCAACGGCGGUGUGUCUCAGGCUGGGACGAUUGCGGCCUACACAGGCAACCGUACACCAGUUAGCCAACGCAGUGAGUCCCAAUCGUUCCGUCGUGCAUCACUUCACACAAGCACAUCCGGCGCGCUGGUUCCCAAAAUAAAUGCUGAAGCGUCACAAGAAGAGAAGCAUCGUGUUUUAUUCGCCGAGUUGGAUUCGAAAGGAAGCCGCACUUUGGGUCUGGGAGACUUCAAGCAGGGGUUUCAGACGUUUAACCUGGAACUUUCGGCCGAGACGGUGGAGGACCUCUUUGAGAAGGCUGACACAAACCGGGAUGGAACCGUUUCCUUCUCCGAAUUUGAACGUUUUUGUCGUCUCUAUCCCAUCAUGACGGAUUGUCUCUUUUUCCGCUCAAAGGCUUUUUGGGAUGAGGAGCAGCUCAAGCGGGAGAUUCAGGCAGAACGGCAGGCGGUGAGGCAGGCGGAGCAGGUCGUUGAACAAGUACGCAAAUCACUGGAGGAUGCGGAGCAAGACGUGGUUGCCGCGAUGGAUGCCGUCACGGUCGCGGAGGCAGACCUGAAGGACCGCACAGACCGACUCCGUGAUUUAACCAAAGACAUGGACAAUGCGAAGCGAGAAAAGGAACGGGCUAUUCGUGAGAAGAAGGAGUGUGAGAAGGAUCUUAUGAGCACAAAGGAACGUGAGAAGGAGAUACGCAAAGAGUCCCAAGACAUUGCCCGCGAGGCUGAAAAAUUGGAUCGCCGAGCCGCUGCUCUUUCCAGUGAAGCUGUUGGGGCGGAUGAUAAAGUUCGACAACUGGAGAAGGCAUUAGAAGAGGCGAGGCGAGUUGCAGAGCGAGCCCACCUGUCGGCCGAACAGGCAGCACGCGACGCCGACAGCAUGAAGCAGCGGGUUCGAGAUUCCACCAAGGACGUGGACGAUGUGUUGCGACAGAUUGCUCGUGCGGAGGAUGCUGUGCGCGGGGCAGAGCGCAACGUUGUGGCUGCGGACAACAGUGCGCGUGAACUCGAGGGAAUGGGGAGGGACCUCUCACGCGAGGCGGAGGAGGCCUCACAGCGACGUUACCAGUACGAGAAGGCUGUGGAAGACGCCAAGAACUCCGUCCGCGCGAGGGAGCAUCAGUUAGACGAAGCAAAACGACACGUGGAUGACAGGGAUGCUCUGGCGAGACAAAAGGAAACCGAGCUGACGGAACAAAGAAAACAAAGGGAUCUUAUAUCCCAGCACGAGCGGGCAUUAAUAGAGCAGGAAUUACGCCUACGGGAGCAGCGGGAUAGCCUGGAGGAACGUGAAACAAAACUAAUGUCAGAGGCAAGUAGUUUUUUGGGUAAUCUUCGCACUCAGCUGCAGGGAGGACGAUCCUAA